AUGCCCGGAAACGGAUCUACUGGAGACAGCAAUGGAGAGGAAGACAAAUCAUACGAAUUCGACUUGAUUUCGGACUCUCGAAUGCCUGGGGAUCAGUCAUCGUCGUUCGACCUGCUCGACUCUAAGAUGCCUCUUUCGGAAGAUAGAACCACGGCUCCUGCUCCCACGUCCGAUUCUGUCUUGAAAGUCGGCCAGGGUGAAGACGGUCCCGUCACCAUUAGGUGCAGACUCGUGAAAGAUGCGGGUCGUCUGCUCUUAGAGGCGUGGUCGGUUCUGACACAGACUCACGGUGACAAGUUUCGAGACGCAUUAGAGGCGGGGUGGAGUUUGUGGAGACUUGAAUUGGGAGGUUCGGGCGGGAAUUCUAUCCUCGCGGCCGAACCUGAGGAUACCAACAAGGAGAACGCAUCUGUCGAGCAUUCGGGUGACCGUGCCUUUUCUGACUCAAUUGAUCAUAGACACAGUGUAGUUGUCGAAUAUUGGGUACAGAGACCAGCCGCCUCCAUGGUCAUGUCCAAACUCUGA